AUUUCCUCUUGACAAUAUCUGUGAAUACCUCUGAUUAGCGGUUAUAACACGCAUGUUGAUUCACUCCGGAUCCACGAUACCAACGUUGUUUCUGGCUCUCUCUCACUUAGAUGCUUCACGUGACAUGGGCGUUCGACAGUUGAAGUGGGAACCUUAAAACCACUGAUAAUCCGAGUCUGUGCCGUUCAACUUGUACGAUGCCGACGGCGCUACUGAUCGUGGGCAGCAAUGUCCGCGACUUUUGUAUGCUAGAGCGAAAUUUCUUGACACAUAUCAAACUCGUCCUAUUGUUAUUGCUCAUGUUUGCCUCGGCGUUGCUUGGAAUCCGUCUCCCUGGACCUCCUGGCACGAGAGAAUCUGAGAGCUUGGGGUCUUUUGGUUUACCCCUCGCGAUUCUUCAGUUCAUCGCUGCCCUGCUUACAAUCGCUGCAGCGUUCUGGGAGUACCGCAUAGGUCUAGAUGACCUGAUGAAAGUCAGGGCCUUUUUUGCUGUAAACAGACUACACUAUAUCAUUAUGGCAGCUGUCACGUUCAUUAUCCUGGCCACCUGUAUGGUAUAUGCAGCCAAGAGCGGUUAGCAUUUGCCAAUCAGGGUGUGGCAACUCUUCCAUGACUCCGUGCAUCUUCUCAUGCCCCUUCUAUCAUGGGCCAUUCCUCGUGAGAAGGAAUUGAAUUUCACGAGAGUAUGUGACCCAUGGCAUCAUUCCCGCGAUAUCAUCCUUCAAAAUUAUUCCCUUCUCGAAGCAGAUAACAAACAGGUGUUGUAUAAGAAUUGUCUCACUUUGUUGUUUUUGGAUUGGUCGAUUUAGACACAUCCGAGUCUCAAUGAAAGAUUCGGUGCAUCCUGAUACCUCUCACGCUCUUGUACACUAUAUUCAGCUGUAUUCGAUACAUCAUUUCGAACUCUGAUGAUCAGACUAU